CUUCGCGUCGGCAGCAUCUGCAUCUGCAAUGGCCAACCACGGAGCCGCCGCUCUCCUGAUCGCGUCCCUGCUCGUGGUGGCGGUCACCCUCGCCGACGCCAGGGUCACCGUGAUGCAGCUGCAGCGCGACAGCAUUAACGGAGGUUACGCGGCGAAUAAGAAGGCGGUGCCGGCGCUGACGUGCAACAAGGUGAGCGCGGUGCAACAAGGCGAGACCUGCUCCUCCCUCGCCGAGGACAGCGGCCUCACCCAGGAGGACUUCCUGGGCUUCAACCCCAACAUCAACUGCGCCAGGAUCUUCGUCGGCCAGUGGGUCUGCCUCGACGCAUCCUCUGCCUAACGGACGAUUGCAUUUAAUGGACUACGCAGCAUCGUUAAGUUGCUGCUACUACUUGUAUGAAUAAAGGAGGCUAAGUCGCUAUCCGUACACCUCCACCACUAUUCAAGUUAAGUUUGGUAUUUCUACUUCCCUCGCAAAAGGAUCGAGGUUGUAGUCCGUCACUCUGUCUUUGUACCAGCGUUGGCUCAAAA